GUGCAAUCAAAGAGUCCGCAGCUGCCAGCCCACCCCAGCGUGGUGUGAUGCCUGGAGACUGGAACGCUGUACCUCCGUGGUUCCAUCCGGCAACAACUUUCCUGGAGGACGGGGUCCUGUUUGCCCAUCACUCUCAGGAGCCCGGCGUGAUUUGCCUUCAUGAAUCGACCGGUGUCCAUGAGCUUGCGGUCAAGAAGAAAAGACUGGGACGGAAAGUUCAUCCAGUGUGCCCGCUAGGAGCGACAGGAUAGCGGCCACCAGGCCACUGCGGAGAGGACGAUGGCCCUAAGCGACGCGUUCGAUAACCAUCCGGCGGCCGGCGGUGAAGGCCAUCCCCUUGACGCCGGCGGGAACGCGCCUUCAAACAGCGACGCGCAGGACGGCAGUUUCCCGGAGCCUCGCGCGGCCGCCUCGAACGGCGCUGACCUUUCGGCAGAGGCACGGGAAGAAACCUCACUUAGGAAUGCGGCACGCAGACAGCCGCAAAAGAAGCCGAGAUCGCACGUCCAGAGGACAAACAGACCGAGCCAAAACGGCGGAGUUGUCAAACAGAACGGAAGCUUUCGGACGCUCCCCCAACCGACCACCCCCACCGCCACUACCGCACCACCUUCCCCCGCCGUCACGGACUCGCAAACGCUAGCCAAACGCCAGCUUUCAUCCGCUCCAUCGCCGCCCUCCCCUUGUCUGCAGCCGGGGGCGCCCUGCUGCCAGCAGUGUCACUUCCACUCCUUUUGCUGCCCGUGUGCUCAGCGGGAGUGCCCCCCCCUCCAGAUUGCUGGCACGGGCCACGGGCUCAACUCGGCUCCUCAUUCCAGGAGCCCUCUGACCUGCUCGUACUCCCACCCACGGCCCCAUCUUACGCACCCGACCGCCCCGCUUCGUCUACACGGUCACCACCAGCCCUGGCAGGAGCACCUCCAGAGUUCAACGCGUCCGACUGGGCUUAGCCCCGCAUGGGCCUUUCGAUUCCCCAAAAGCUAUUCUGAGCUGAUAGCGGAUUGGCCGGUGGUGGUGCUUGGGGUGUGCACGGUGCUCAUCGUCGUGUGCGCCCUGGUGGGCGUUCUGGUUCCUGACCUCCCCGAUUUCUCUGACCCACUUUUGGGUUUCGAGCCUCGAGGAACUGCCAUUGGUCAACGCCUGGUCACCUGGAACAACAUGGUGAAGAACACGGGCUACAAAGCAACGCUGGCCAACUAUCCCUUCAAAUACGCUGACGAGCAGGCUAAAAAUCACCAGGAACCCAAGCGGCCCGAAGACCACUUUGAUCGAGAAAAACGGCGCGCAGAGUGGGACUUCAGGAAGGAGUUCUUCUGCGAUGUGCCGGGCUCCAGCUAUUCCAGGCUGGUUUUCUCAUCUGCCGAGGGGAAGAAUUUGUGGAGUAUUCAGGCCAUCAAAUCCAUGUGCAAUCUGGACAACACUCGGGUGCGCUCUCACCGCGACUACUGGAGCCUGUGCCAGCGCACCAACGACGCCUCGUGUUGCCCCAGCUGGACGCUGGGGAACUACGUGGCGGCGCUCACCAACAGGUCGUCCUGCCAAACGAUCACCGAGCGCGACGUGGCGCACACGCUGAAGAUUUUGCGCUCGUGCGCCAAGUAUUACCACAACGGCACGCUGGGGCCCGAUUGCUGGGACGUGGCCCUCAAGCGCAAGGAUCAGCUCAAGUGCGGCAACGUGCCCCGCAAGUGCACCAAGUACAACGCCGUCUACCAGAUGAUGCACUUCCUGGUUGACAAGGACUUCCUCAGCCCCAAGAGCCUGGAGUUCCCGCCGCCCGUGCUCAUGCACAGCAUGCUCUUCUCGCCCACGGAAAAGGGAGAGUCCAUGAUGAACAUCUACUUGGAUAAUUUUGAGAAGUGGAACUCCUCGGACGGCGUGACCACCGUCACCGGGAUCGAGUUUGGCAUCAAGCACGACCUCUUUCAGGACUACCUCCUGACGGACACGGUGUACCCGGCCAUCGCCAUCGCCAUCGUCCUGCUGGUCAUGUGCGUGUACACGCGCUCCGUUUUCAUCACCCUCAUGACCAUCAUCGCCAUCAUCAGCUCGCUCAUCGUCUCGUAUUUUCUCUACCGCCUGGUCUUCAACUUUGAGUUUUUCCCCUUCAUGAACCUGACGGCCCUCAUCAUCCUGGUGGGAAUCGGCGCCGACGACGCCUUUGUGCUUUGCGACGUCUGGAACUACACCAAGUUUGACAAGCCCCGCGCCGAGCUGGCGGAAGCGGUCGGCGUGACGCUGCGGCACGCCGCCUUGUCCAUGUUCGUCACCAGCUUCACCACCGCCGCCGCGUUCUACGCCAACUACGUCAGCAACAUCACGGCCAUACGCUGCUUCGGCGUCUACGCCGGGACGGCCAUCUUGGUCAACUACGUCCUCAUGGUGACGUGGCUGCCGGCGGUGGUGGUGUUGCACGAGCGCUACCUCCCGAGCGCCUUGCCCUGUUCCAAGCCCCGGCGACAACAAAGCGCCCGCGGCCCGCGGGCGAUGGCGGCGGCUCUCUGCCGCAAGGCUCACAAAUGCCUGUUUGGCGUCUCCGAAGCCUCCAGGAUCUUCUUUGAGAAGGUCCUGCCCUGCGUGGUCAUCAAGCUACGCUACCUCUGGCUCUUCUGGUUCCUGGCGCUGACGGUGGGCGGGGCCUACGUGGUUUGCGUCAACCCGAAGAUGAAGCUUCCCUCGCUGGAGCUGGCCGAGUUUCAGGUCUUCCGUUCCUCUCACCCUUUCGAGCGCUACGACGCCGAGUACAAGAAGCUCUUCAUGUUUGAGAGAGCGCAUCACGGAGAGGACCUCCACAUGCCCAUCACCAUCAUCUGGGGUGUCACGCCGGUGGAUAACGGUGACCCCCUCAACCCCAAAAACAAGGGGAAGCUGAUGCUGGACGGCAGCUUCAACAUCGCCAGUCCGGCCUCUCAGCUGUGGAUCCUCAACUUCUGCCAGAAGCUUCGAAACCAGAGUUUUGUCUUUCAGUCGGACGAGCAGGACUUCACCAGCUGCUUCAUCGAGACCUUCAAGCAGUGGAUGGAGAACCAAGACUGCGAGGAGGCGUCCGUCUACCCGUGCUGCAGUCAAUCCACCUUCCCUUACAAGCAGGAAGUCUUUGAGCUGUGCAUCAAGAGGGCCAUCAUGGAGCUGGAUCGCAGUACCAACUACCACCUGGACAGCAAGACCCCCGGACCUCGAUUCGACAUCAACGACACCAUCAAGGCCAUCGUUUUGGAGUUUAAGAGCACCUUCCUUUUCACGCUGGCCUAUGAGAAGAUGCACCAGUUCUAUUGUGAGGUGGACGCCUGGAUAACGGAGGAGCUGCGCCACGCCCCCGCAGGCCUCAGCCACGGCUGGCUGGUCAGCAACCUGGAGUUCUUCGAUCUUCAGGACAGCCUGUCGGACGGCACUCUGGUCGCCAUGGCGCUGUCGGUGGCCGUGGCCUUCGGCGUCAUGCUGCUCACCACGUGGAACAUCAUCAUCAGCCUCUACGCCAUCCUGUCCAUCGCCGGGACCAUUUCCGUCACCGUGGGCUCCCUGGUGCUCCUCGGUUGGGAGCUGAACAUCUUGGAGUCGGUCACCAUUUCCGUGGCGGUCGGGCUGUCCGUGGACUUUGCCGUUCACUACGGCGUGGCGUACAGGCUGGCGCCGGAGCCGGACCGCGAGGGGAAGGUGAUUUUCUCCCUGGGCCGCAUGGGGUCCGCCAUCGCCAUGGCCGCCUUGACCACCUUUGUCGCGGGGGCCAUGAUGAUGCCCUCGACGGUGUUGGCCUACACCCAGCUGGGCACCUUCAUGAUGCUGAUCAUGUGCAUCAGCUGGGCCUUCGCCACCUUCUUUUUUCAGUGCAUGUGCCGCUGUCUGGGCCCUCAGGGCACCUGCGGCCAGAUCCCGCCGCCUAAAAAUCUGCUGUGUCGGGAUUUGUCUCGGGACCCGUCCAAAGGGCGGAGCUCCAGUUCGGGCAAGUACCAGCUGGACUCCAGGGACGCGGAGGCGGAACGUUACGAAUUGGAGCCGCUGGCUUCGGGUCGCAAAGCUGAAGACAAACCGCAAGAGGAUCGAGAGCUUUGCCCGCAGCGUCCCAACGGCGUCCGCGCGCACCACCGCGCUUCCCAGUAUCCGCACACUCGCUACGACGCUCACGCGGAGGCCGGCAAACGCAGUCCUAAAAACGGCCUGGUCGAUGCGCUGGACACGCCCACUCGCUGCCAGUACGCGCAGAACACGGACUGCUCGUGCGGGGAACCGCCUCCGCUGUGGACGCCCCUUUGCUGUCCUCAGCCUCCCCAGGACUCGCACCCCCCGCCCCAUCUCGUCCCUCUCGCGGGAAACCGGCGGAGUAAACCGGACCCGGCGUGCGCACGCGGGAAUCGCUGCAAGCGCUGCGUCCCCUGUCCGCCUCCCCACUUGCACCGCUGCAGCCCGGGAAGGGUGGUGUACCCCCGACAGGCGCCCGCGCCCUGCUGCCAUCUUCACAAGCAUUGCAUCCACGCCGCCACCCCGCAGGCCAUUUCAGACCAGACGGCCCCCGGCCGGCGCGCGGCCCAAAACGACGGCUCCUUUCAAGGCGCCGAGCCGCAAGCGCCGAGCCUAAUUCUCGGCACGCCGGCCGCGACACAAACUCCGCCUUCUCCCGCCACGCGGGACUCGAGCCCAACGGGCAGACAUGAAGGACCGAAUCCGCGAGACGGGACGCGUCACCCUCCGUGCGGCGCCACCGCGGAAACCGCAACGCCGGACGAUGUUUGGCGUAAGAUCCCUGAGCGGCAGGAGAGCGCCGCCCUCCCCCAGAAAAAACUGGAGCGGACUUCUGCCUCGCCGACGAAACGCUAUUGUUUUAACAGGGCCUCGAAGGCGAAGCGCAACUCGGCCUCCGAGUUCGACGUUCCAAAAAGUGACACGAGCGUGCCGGCCGUCAUCAUCAACGGCAGCCGCUCCUCUGAAAGCUUAUGUUAGGACAAAAAUCCACAGCGGCAACCGAAUACUCGUCGUCUUGUAAUGCGAAGCGCCUCGUUGUGAUUCUAUCCACUCGCGCUGACCCACUCGAUUGUUUCAAUUUCUGCCAAUUGGCUAAACGUUGUUCUUUUUAAAACGGUCUUAUCACUUCUUUCAUUUUAUUUUAUUUUUAACAAUGUGCCAAUAUACCGCAGGCAUUUGCACAGGCAGAUUAAAACGCACAGAUUUGCUGAUCACAUGACCCGUGACAUACGUGUCAUGUCACAUUU